UAGGUGAAAUUCAUGGAAAUAAUCAAACAACCAAAGAAAGAUUAAAAAAUACAGGAAAGGACGAACCAGGAGAAAAACGUGAAGAACACGCCAUGAAGAAUAAAAACAAAGAUAAGCAAAAAUUACCAACACAUAAUCAUCAAAAACAAAAAUAUUUUAAUAGAAAAAACCCAAAAUUGUUUGGGAAAAAAAUUCAAAAAAAUUUUAAAAAUCAUCCAAAAAGAGUUUCUUCUGUUAAAGACCACAUUCACAAUUUUUUGAGAAAAAUAAAAAAUAAUUUUGGGGAAAAAGGAAAAAUGGGAAGGCCAAAAAUAAUGAAUCCUACACCUAUCAGGCCUGUAAAAUACACCAGAAAAGGCUCCAGAAAUCCACAAAUAAUUAAAAAUAAAAAUCAGAAUCCUCAACUAAAAAAGAAAAUAAAUCGGAAAAAUAGCAAAGAAAUUGACCAAAAUGAUUUUAAAAAUUAUAAAAAUUGGCCAAAUUAUUGGCCUAGCAAAGAUUGGCCAAGCAGAAGACAACAACCUAUUCAGAAUAAACAAAAAGAGAAAACUUCAAAAAUUAAAAAAUUAAAUCCAAAAAUUAAUUUACAAGGGAGAGAACCUAGUAAAGAUGAAAAAACCAAAAAUUUCCCUAAAACACCUAGUUGGCAUUGGCCAAAGUUUGGUGGGGGACAUGACAAAUCCUCUGAAACAAACACGGAAACAAACAAAUCUGAGGCAACAUCGGAACCCAAUUCUUCUGUUAUUUCAGAAGAUGAGCCAAAAAGUAAGGCAAAAAGGGUUACAAUUAAGCCUAAAAAUCAUUUUGAAGAUAAAAAUGAGCAUAAGAAAAAUAUUGAAAAUAAGCAAAAAGGAAGAGGAGAGAAGGAAGGGAAGAAAAAAUUAAAGCCUUUAAAGAAGGUAGCAACAACUUCAAUAGAUUCCUCGGAAGCUUCUUCAAAAGCCAUGGAAGGAAGUGAUGAUUCUAUUAAAAAUUAUUCAAAAUCUUCAGAAGGAACGGAAGAUUCCAUUGAAAAUUCUUCUUCAACCUCAAGUUUUGAACGAACAAUAGAAAACGGAAACUCUUCCGAAAAUAAAUCAGAAAAAAGCAAUAAUAAAUUAAAACCAAGAACCCCAAAUAAACUUCAUCGUGAAGAGAAAAAGAAGAAAAAUAAUAGGGAAAAUAAUUCGAAGAAUACCAAGUUUAAGCCUUCUAAAAAUCCCUUAAACUCUGUAGAUGCUUCAGAAGAUUCUUCCAAUGCUUCUCAAGGAAAGGAAGAUUCUAUUGAAUCAAUUUCAAGCCUUUCAAGUUUAGAAUCAGUAAACGAAAAGGAAGAUUUAUUAAAAAAGAAGUUCAAUAUACCCAGAAAAAACAGGAAGAAGAAGAAUCCAAAGGAAGAGUUUAAUAAGUUAAGAGACUUGAAAGACUUGGAAAAUGAAGAAGAAAGACAUCCUUCUUUAUCAAAUGAAAGUGUUGAUGAUAGAAGUAUUAAUAGAAGACGCCCUCAUUGGAGACUUCCUAAAAUGAAUUGGCCAAGAAAUUGGGGAAAGGAUAACAAUGGAAGAAAGAAGGUGGAAGAAAAGAAUAGAGGAACCAAAACUUUAGUCGAAAGUGAUGAAGAUAAGAGAAAAGGGAAGAAUUGGGGGAGAUCAACAAGACAUCCACAUACUCCAAGAAGAUAUCCACAUACCCCAAGAAGACAUCCUCAUACUCCAAGAAGGCAUCUUCAUAUCCCAGGAUGGCAUCCUUAUACUCCAAGAGGACAUCCACAUAAUGAUGCAAGGAUGAAUAGCUCUGAAGAAACGAUUUCCGAUGAAGAUGAUAAAAGAUGGAAGAAUAAAAAAUGGAAGAAUGGCAUGAGAAGAAGGAAGAUUAAACAAAAUCGUAUUCCGUCAGAUGUUCCAAACUGGGAGGGAUAUUCAGAGGAAAAAGAUAGGAGAAGGAAGAAUUUGAAAGAAUUAGUAGAUUCUGAUGUAAAUGAUGAGGAUGAUGAGAGUGAAGGAAGGAGUUGGGAGGAAAAUAAAUCUGAAGAAGAUGAUAAAGUAAACGAUUGGAAGGAAGAUUCUGAAGAAACUGAAGAUUAUUCUGAAGAAGAUUAUGAAGUUAGGAGGAGAAAAAUAAAGAGGAAGGGUAACAAAAAUGGUGAAGGUGAGAGAAAAGGGAAGAAGUUGGAAGGAAAAAAUUCUGAGGAGAGAAAGACUAAUAAAAAUAAGAGGGCAAAAGCUUCUGAUAAGGAAGCUGAAGGAAGUAAAUAUUUCGAAGGAGAAUCUUCUGAGGAGGAGAUUGAUGACUAUAACAAUCACUUAGGGAAAGAUUCUGUAACAGUAAAUAAGAAGAGAUUAAAAAAGAUAAAGGGGGAAAAAGAUCGAAAAUUGGUGGGGAAGGAAGAAAAACAGGAUCCUUCAGAAAAUAAAGUAAGAAGUGAAGGUGUACAUAGUACGGAAGAUUCAAAAAGGAAGGAAAAGGAAAGCAAAAAUGAUGAAUUAAACAAUGCUCCAACAAAUUUGAAGAAAUAUUUGAAGAGAGGAGACAAUUCAAUGAGGGAUAAUGGUGUAGUUUCGAAAGAGAAUCUUUUGAAGACUCCUUCAAAACCUGCACCCUUAAAAAAGGCCUUAAACUCUUUAGAUGUUUCAGAAGAUUCUUCCCAUGCUUCUGAAAGGAAUGAUGAUUCUAUUGAGUCAAUUCCAAGCCUUUCAAGUUUAGAAUCAGUACAAAAUGAUCCUCCACAAGGGAUGGAGGAUAUUCAUGAGAAGAAGAUAAGAGAAGAGGAGAAUAAUUUGGAAAAAAAAUCUGAAGAAGACGGAAGGAAAGGAAAGAAUUUAAAAGCAAAAGACUCUAAAAAAGAAGGAAAGAAUUUGGAGGAUAAAAUGGAAGAUAAUAAGGAAAGGUUGAGUUUGGAUGGAAGAAAUUUAGAAGAGAAAAAGCCUGAAAAUAAAGAGAGAAGAAAUACGAAUAAAAAUACAAAAAAUUAUUCAAAAAAGGAAGGAGGUGAUUCUGAAGGUAGAAAGGAUAGUGAGGAAGAUGAGGGGGGAUUAGGAGCAAAAGUAAAGGAUUCGAAGGAAAUUUAUCUGAAGAAGAAAGGGGAGACUGGAAAUCAUUCGAAAAAGGAAGAAAGAGGAGGGGAAGAUCGGGAAGAAAGCAAGGAAGGUAAAGGAGGAAUAGGAGGCAAAGUAAAAGAUUCGAAAGAAGUUUAUUUGAAGAAAAAAUUAAAGAAGAAUUUAGAUAAAAAUAAAAAUAGGAUUAAUAGACCUACUAAUCCAAAAGAAGAUCAUUCAGCGUUAGAAGAUUCUGAGGAAGAAGGUUCAGAGGAGAAGGAUACUUUAAAGAAGGUGGGUGGAGGUAUUAAAAAGAAGAAAAAUAAAAACAAGUAUUUGGAAGAGGAUCAUUCCAAGUGGUUUGAAGGAAGUGAAGAAGAGGAAGGGAGUGAAGAAGAGGAAGAAGACGAGUCUGUGGAAGAGGAAGACGAGUUUGGGGAAGAUAAAAGUGAUGAUAACAAGAUGAAUAAGAAGAGUUAUUUGGAGGAAGACCACUCAAAAUGGUUUGAAAGAAGUGAAGAAGAGGAAGAUGAAGAAAGCGAAGAAAGCGAAGAAGACGAUGAGGAAGAUGAGGUGAAUCACAAGAAAUUUAAUAGUGAUAAAUCUUUUCUAGAAUCUUUAGGAGAGAAAUCAUUGGAGGCGGUAAUGAAGUUAAGAAGAAGUUUUACAAAUUGGGUAAAGGAAAUGAACAAAGUCGCGAAAAAUAUGAACAAUAAUAAAAUAAAUUAA